UUAAAAAAAAAAACUGUAGUAACUAGCGGCGCCGUGAUAACGCAUCAUUUGCUCUUCAUUUUCCAUUCAAACAUCAAGGAAAAUGAUGUCCGAGCAUAACCUGCUGGACACUCCAAGCAGCUCCACAGAGCAAUGCAAAGAACCUCCAACCAAAAAGUUGAAAACCUCGAAAAGUAAUGCAAGCGAGAAGUUAGAAGAAAGACUGAAUCAUAUCCUGAGUUGCACAGUUUGUCUUGACUUACCAACCUCAGCCUGUAUGCAGUGUUGCCAUGGUCAUUUAAUGUGUGUUGGCUGCUACCACCAUUUGCUUGCUGAUGCCCGCCUUAAAGAUGAACAGGCGACUUGUCCUUCCUGUCGUGUCGAUAUAACUAGGGGUACUUGCAUUCGAAACCUCGCUGUCGAAAAAGCAAUUUCCGAGCUCCCUGUUGAAUGCAGAACAUGCGGGGGAACUUUCCCGAGAAGCAACAUCGUUAAUCAUGAACUGCAUCAGUGUUCGGAGCGUGUGGUCCCUUGCAGAUUCAAGCAGCUUGGUUGUUAUUGGUCUGGCCCAGCCCACGAGUUGGACAAUCAUACAACCGAUUGUAACCAGCACGCUAAGUCACCUACUGAGCUUCUAAAGUGUCUAGACCAUAUCCAUUCACAGCAAGAAAAACAGGGGGCAGUGCUUCGAAACAUAGUAGAUUUAUUGAGCUGUGAUCUUAUAUCUUAUAUGGAGGUCCAGUUACGUCCAUACAGAACUGAUGAUUUUGUAACCAAGUUAUUCUAUGAAUCAAACAGAUUCCAUUUGCUUGGACAAACUUGGAUACUCAAGGCUUACGUGUCAGCUGUUGAGAACCAUCCUUCAAACCCCACGGUGUCAGCAGAGAGAAGGCUAACGUGUCAGCUGUUUCUUAAGUCAAAGAUUACGGAUCCGUUAGAAGUUGAUAUUUUGCUCCUAAGAGCUCCAUAUGACGAUGUCAAUAUCAUGCCCAAGCCCUUUUUUACCCGUUUCAAUGCAGAAAAACUGGAAACAGCUGUUCAGCCAAUCCAACUGACUUCACGAAUAGGUUGCUUGGGUCAAAGGUCAUCAAUCUGAGGUUGUUCAUGUUUCAGCACAAACGCUAAAUUGGAUUUUUUAUUUAUUUUUUUUUGUUUUUUUUUUCAUUUUUUAUAUAAAAUUUCCACACAAAAUGGUCCUAUCUACUGCUAUGUCGAAACUACUGUAUUAACAUUGGUAAAAAAUUUAAAAGUAAUUUACAAAAAAUUUGACUAAACAAGUAAUUGAUGCAUUUCUUUUUUAAGGUGUGGUUUUAUGCUGACUUUUGUAUUCUACCUUUUUCGUCCUAGU